CUCCUCUCUCUGAUGAUGGAAACACUGGAUGAAGUCGUGUUCUGUUUUCCAUCGUUCAACAACUCCUGCAGGAAGACGAUUCGACCUCAUGUGGAGGCCACACUCAUCUACACCCUCUUCUCCUCCAUCACUCUGGUCACUGUGGUCCUGAACCUGCUGGUCAUCAUCUCUAUCUCCCAUUUCAGGCAGCUCCACACCACCACCAACCUCCUCCUCCUCUCUUUGGCCGUCUCAGACUUCUUUGUGGGUUUAUUACAGAUGCCAGUUGAAAUUCUCCUUUUCCAAGGCUGUUGGAUCCUGGGUGACUUUGUGUGUGCCAUGAAUUACUUUCUAGGUUUUCUUGUUAUCAGUGUGUCAGUAGGAAACAUGGUUCUCAUUUCAAUUGACCGCUAUGUGGCUAUUUGUGACCCCAUGUUAUAUCCUACAAAAGUCACUCUGAGAAGAGUUCAGAUCUGCAUUUAUAUGUGUUGGAUAUUUUCUACUCUUCAUGCCAGUUGGAUAUUGAGAGAUUUGCUCAAACAACCAGGCAGGUAUAACACCUGUCAUGGAGAGUGUGUACUUGUAGUGAAUUUUGCUGAAGGAGUUUUUGAUCUUAUUGUUACUUUUUUAGCUCCCUUUCUCAUCAUCACAGUUUUAUACAUGAGAGUAUUUGUGGUGGCUGUGUCUCAGGCCCGUGUCAUCAGAUCCCAUGUUGCAACAGUCUCACAGCAGCGUUCAGGAACUGUCACUGCACAGAAAUCUGAAAUGAAAGCAGCCAGAACACUUGGCAUUGUCGUAGCUGUGUUUAUUUUGUGUUCUUGUCCGUAUUAUUGUUUCACUGUUGCAGCUGAGACCAACCUGGUUGGGGCAUUAACUGCAGGUGUUGAGCUUUGGCUGAUAUAUUUUAACUCCUGUCUAAAUCCUCUCAUUUAUGCUUUUUGUUAUCCCUGGUUCAGAAAAUCUAUUAAACAUAUUGUGACACUAAAGAUACUGCAGCCUGACUCCCGUGAGACCAACAUACUGUAG